AAUGCCGACACGGUUACACUUACAGUGAACCUUUUGUCUGGUUAUUCUGUUGGGCUUUCUUAUUGUAACAUCGGCGAAAUUCAAGCAAACAAGACUAGAUUUUUGUGACAUAUAAUGCCUGGCAAUAUUUGCCAGCUAUGAUGAGCAGGCUCCCCCCAGGACAUCAUGAUACCUGCAGUAUGUUCAAUCUGUGCUGACUACUUUGAGUCUGAUCAAACCUGUGUCUCCUGUCCAUGUGGACAUGUCUUCCAUGAACACUGCUUGUUGCAGUGGCUCGAGACCUCCACCACGUGCCCUCAAUGCAGACGUCAUACCACAUCAAGGAAACUCAUCAAAUUAUAUUUUGAAGUACAGCCACCUGAAGAUGGUCACCUGGAUGCGGCGUCACUCAAGAACGAGGUGGGUACACUUGAAGUUGAUAUCUGCAGGAAGAAGAAGGAGAUAUCUGAUCUUAUAGCCGAGAAUGCUCAUAACAGUGACAGGGUAGUCACAUUGAACAAGAACAACAAGAAAAUCUUAAAGAAGCUUUCGGAUGAACAGUCUACAAAUGAAGCGCUCAAGAAGCAACUUGAUUUGAUGAGCUACAGAAUGGACGAGGCUAAAGAAGCAAAGCGAGAGACUAAAAGGCUAAGGGAAAAAUUAAAAUUUUUGGAGAGAUUUGAGCUUGUAAUGUCGAUGAAUGCUGACGUGGUUGAUAAUAUGCUGCGUGAGUUUGGAGAAGGACCCAAAUCAGCCAGAGAAUUAGCCACAUAUUGUGCAUCUUUGAAAAGGGAAUUUGAGAACAUCAAAGACUCAAGGAAGCAGCUCAAAGAAGAAAAUAGCAGUCUCAGGAAAGAUCUCAACCAAAAAACAAGAGUGCUGGAAGUGAAGUCUAAAGAUUUAGAGGCUGUUCAGCAUUCUCUGGUCUCAUUACAAGAUGAUGUUCAGAGCUUAGAGAAGGAGAAGAAAGAACUCAGGGAAAGGUAUGAGAUGCUACAAGCAGCACUCAACUCACCGAUGGAUGGUGCCAUGUCAUCAUCCCUCAAACAAGUCUUCACGCCCAGUAACAUGACUAAGAGGCCCAGACUAAGUGGUCCUGAUGGAGAUGAUGAUGAUAGUAUCCUCUUGGCUGCACCUGGUGACCCUCAAACACCAGACCUAAGUCUACCUAGUCCCAGCUUAGAAACAAGAAACACCUGCAAAGACCUCGGCAUUCGCUUUGUCAAAACUACCUCCCUAGCUGCCAAGAUGAAAAGGCCUGAAAACAUGGUGUCUGAGUCUGCAGUGUGGAAGAACACAUUAGCUUCGUCUAGUCUGUUCAACAAGAGAAGAGCCCUCUCUGGUCGUAACGAGGGAAGUCUCAGGAAAGGUUACGACGGCAUGGGUGGUCAUGACAGAUUUUCGGAAGUCGAUCCAAUCAUCAUCAGACCAAACAUGAAGAAAGUACCUCGAGGAGUGAAGAGGAAACCUUCAGGGAAGCCUUGUACCCACGCUUUACCAACCUUGGACAGGUUCUUACCAUCGUGAACAGGCGUCCUAAUCUUACGAUCCAUGAGAGGAAACCUUUAAGCAAAACCUUAUACCCACGCUUUACCAACCUUGGACAGGUUCUUACCGUGGUGAACAGCCGUCAUCUUAUGGUUCAUGAGAGGAAACCUUUAGGGAAGCCUUGUUCCUAACUCUUACCAACACUGGAAAGGUUUUCUUACCAUCACAAACAGGCACAUUGUGCACUUGAGAUUUGUGAGUGGAAACUCUCAAGGUAACCUUCAGGGAAACUGUGUUUGCAACCUGUACCAACCCUGGACAGGUUCUUACCAUCGUGAACAGCCAUCAUCAUCUUACGAUCCAUGAGAGGGAACCUUCAAGCAAACUCUUAAGGAAACGAUCAAGGAAACCUUCUCUUAAACCUUGUUCUCAACCUUUCCCAAUCAUUGACAGGUUCUUACCAUCAUGAACAGGCACAGUGUACACGUGUGAUCAAUAAGAUGAAACCUUUAAGGAAACCUUGUUCCUAACCCUACCAACUGGACAGGUUUUCUUACCAUUAUGAACAGGCGUGUUGUCCACUUGAGAUUCGUUAGAGGAAACGUUCAAUGAAACCUAUUUGAAUACCUUGGAAACUUGUAAGGAACGUUAGCAGAAACCCUAUUUUCUAAGGUACUUGGGGGCUCUUUGUGUAAAGUAUCCUGAUUAUACUCCAGAAAUUGAUGCCAAUCUUUUUUUCAACAAAUGAGAAUUAUUUAUUGAGGCUCUUGACUCUCAUAUAAAUUGUUCUUAGUUUGAUCCUUUCUCACAUACAUUGACAAGUUUUCUUACCCUUGUCCCUUUUGACCCAGGUGAAUUAGAUGAGUACCUGGCUAUACUGGGGCAAUACAAAUUACAGGGCCUAAAGGAAAACCAGUAUCAAUACUGAUGAUGCUAAACUGGGUAAAUUAGACCAUUUAUUCUUAUUAUUAUCAAUAUGAUUAUUGUUGAUAAGUAGAAUAAUGUUUGUCAUGAUAGUAUAUGCAUGAAAGGAUCAUGAAUUAUGAGAGAUAAUGAUUGUGUAAAAGUACUUCAGGUGAAAAUUCAGGAAAACAUUCGUACAUGUAGUUGAUAGUUUUCAGCACUGCAGAUAACAAGUAUAGGCAGAAAUGCUCUUCUGGUUUUUGUAACUUUUUCCAAGUUCAAAAUUAUAGGUAAUAUUCAGUCCUAAAACCUUGGCAGUUAGAAUAUUAGAAACAGGCUCUUGAGUUUAAAGGACUUGCAUGCCUUUAAAACUUGAAAUGAAAAAGGCUGAUAAAACAAGGUUUAGUUUGAUGUUCCUUGAGACUACUGCACAUCUUAUGAUCUAACUAUGACUGACUGAAAAAUAUUUUUAAGAAGUAUUAGAUAUAUACAUGGAAUUCCAAAAUGUAAUUCUUCCUGAAUUUGUUUUACAAAAAGAAAUAUUGAAAGUGCAGGGUGUCAUGAGAUGUCAAGUCAAAGGAAAAAUGCCCAACUGCUGAGAUUCCAGUGAUGUUAUAUCAUUACACAACCAGCUAUGGACUACUGGACAGUCUGGACUAGUAGUUGAUUUGGCUUUUCUGGAAUAUUAAUGCUUAAAAGAUUGGACUUUAAUUGGAAACAAUUUCCAUUUUUGAAUUACCGUAUCAAAUCCUUCUAUAUAUUUUUUAUAUAUCGUUAAUGAUCGAGGCCUUGUACAAAUGAUUUAUAUUUUGCUUCAGGUCCAAAUUCAAGCAUUCUUUAAAAUUAGAGAUAAAAGAUGGUGCACAUAAGGUGGUAGAAAAAAUUGGCUAUUUUUACUGACCGGUACUAUAUGUAUGUUAUGAAAUUGCAAUUCUGUCAGAAAAUUUGUCUUUGAUGUAGAUUUGUGUGUAUGAUAUCCUGUACAAAGAAUGUUAAUAUAAAAAAAUCUUUUGAAAGAA